AUGUACAUCCGAUGCCAGUCGUCAUCCUGCUCGCACGUUCAAUGCACCUCACACGAGUUGGGCGCUAGUCGCACUCGCACGGCACACACGCCGCCAUCCAUGGACGGCACUGACCACGCCCCCUGGCUCAUUGUCCAUCGCAUCUCACGUUCUCCCAUUCUCGCAGCGAGUCGCCUGCAGCCGUCGCAUGCAGCAGUCGCAAAAGCGACGAGCGUGGAUGCCCAAGUGCUGGUUGGCACGCAGAUGACGAUCAGCGGCCUCUCUUUCAGCCGUCGCAGUUCAAGCUCGGAAGUGUGUGGCUACGACAGAGUCAACCCGUGCUGGGGGGGCACGUGCAUCCACCGUGGCACCUUCGACUACACCUGCGUCUGUCUGCCCGGGCGUCGCGCUCGUCGCGACUUCUGUGGUCACACUUUGAACAAGGAAGACAUUUCUUCCAUAACAGUCCUAGGCAGCGACUGGAGGUGCAAGGACGUGUACAGCAUGUAUGGCCUCACGCUGCAGCAGUUCACCCAUAUGAACCCGGGAAUCGACUGCUCCGCUCUCCUUCCUGAAUAUCAGGAGCUGGUGGUGCGAGAGCUUCUGCCGGCUUGCUCUGCCUUCUACUACAUCCAGCCUGGUGACACAUGCUCGUCCGUGGCUCAGUUUCUCAACAUCACUGAGAAAAGCCUGGAGCAGUUCAACCCCGAUGUUACCUGCCCCUCACACCUCCCGGCGUUCCGCUCUCUGUGUGUGGAGCGCGAUCCAGCCAAGGCCAGGCCGACGUGUGCGAAAGAGAUAGAGAUUGGCAGAGUGGUGGACUUCAAGCACAUAGAAGCAUCUUAUGGAGCAACUCUCGUGGACAUUUGCAGGCUCAAUCCCUGGAUCUCCUUUCGCCAUCCCCGGCAUGACAAUUAUGGC